AUGCCAGCCUUAUCCUCCAGGCAUGGAGGUGAUACAGGCCCCCGUAAGCUCCUGGACUCCCUGCUGCUGCUCGCCCACAGCCACGAGGAAGGCCUCUUUCUGCAGGAGCUGUUCAGGGAGCCGAGUCUCCACCUGCUCCUCAUACAAGACCUGCUCUCUUUUCAGAUCCAUGAGCGUCUGCAGAGGUUUGGAGAGCAGGGCCCCACCCCAGUGCAGCAUGGGUCCGAGACUUUGGCCAGAGACGUGGCAGACGAUCUGCGGUCCAGAACAGCAUCGGCGGAAACCGCAGAGCUGCUCGGCCUUUUGGACAACCCCCACAUCAAGAGCCUCCUCUUCACCCACGACGCGGUGGCAUGGAAGGGGUACGACCCGGUGCUGCCGCCGUUACCCGAGAACCUCAGUGGUGAACAGGACUCGGUGAAGAUCGUCCGGCUGGUCAAGAGCAAGGAGCCCCUCGGGGCCACAGUGAAGAGAGAUGAGCACACAGGGGCCAUUGUUGUGGCUCGCAUCAUGAAGGGAGGAGCUGCAGACAGGAGUGGCUUGAUUCAUGAAGGUGAUGAGCUCAGGGAAAUCAAUGGCAUUCCCAUGGAGAACAAGAGCCUGGAGGAAAUAAUUCCAAUACUGGCUCAGUCCAAAGGGACCAUAACAUUUAAAGUGAUACCAGGCAGCAAGGUGGAAAUGGAAACCAUCAAACCCAAGAUGUAUGUUAGGUCUCUGUUUGACUACAAUCCUAAUGAGGAUGCAGAAAUACCAUGCAAGGAGGCUGGGCUGACUUUUCGGAAAGGGGACGUCCUUCAGAUCUUGAGCCAGGAUGAUGCAUCUUGGUGGCAGGCUAAGCACUGCAGCCUUCCCAAUGCUCGGACAGGACUCAUACCUUCAAAGCACUUCCAAGAGAGCAGGAGGUUUGCAUUUCAGAGGCCUCCAGCUCUGCUGCCAACCCAGACCCUCCGAAGCCGCAGAUCAUGCACAGAGACAGGGACAUUCGCAGCUGAUAUUCCUCUUUCACCCUACAAAAACAGCUCAUCAGAACAGGAGGUGGAUUACGGGGCCAUCAGUGGCAUACACAUUGCUGGCCUGCGGAGGAGUUUCAGGCUCAGCAGCAGACACAGAAAGGCCUACAGAGCUGUGUGUGGGAACCGGUGGAGUGAAUGCUAUGAUGCGGAUGAGAUACUCACGUACGAGGAGGUCGUCCCCUACCGCAAGCCACCGUGGGUGCGCCCCAGGCUAUUUCUGCUGGUUGGACCUUCGGGGGUUGGUCUCAAUGAGCUGAAGAGGAAGCUGGUGAUCUCCGAUCCCCAGCGAUAUGGCGUGACCGUGCCCCACACAACCAGGCCCAAGAAGGUCCAGGAGAGUGAUGGCAUGGAGUAUACCUUCAUCCCAAAGCACCUGUUUCUCACUCAACUUGUAAACAACAAGUUCAUUGAACAUGGAGAAUAUGGUGGCCACUUCUAUGGAACCAGCCUGGCAGCUGUGCGCUCAGUCCUGGCCAAGGACAGGGUGUGUCUGCUGGACGUCCAACCACAGACGAUUGUACACUUGCGGACCCCAGAGUUCAAGCCCUUUGUGGUGUUUGUGAAGCCCCCUCCGAUGGAGCGUCUUCAAGUCACCAGGAGGAAGGCCAGGUUGCACUCCUGGCAAGAUGAGAAGGGACAGACAAAGAUGUUUUCGGAGGAAGACUUUGAGGAGAUGAUUGAGUCUGCCCAGGCUAUGGAGGCCGUAUAUGGGCACCUGUUUGACAAGGUGAUCGUGAAUGACGACCUUGUGGAGGCCUUCCACGAGCUGCAGGCUACGCUGAAGAAGCUGGAGACGGAGGAACAAUGGAUUCCUGCUGCCUGGAUGAUCUCCCGAAACAUGCAGUGA